CAGUAUGAAAAGUGGUUCAGUCCUAGAGGUUACCGGAAGUUGUUUCAGCUGCCAUGUUUGGUUGCUUUGUUGUAGGCUUCUACUGGCUUUCCUACAGAAUCACUAAGUGUGGAAAUGGAGCCGAGCUGGAGUACGUUUCUUUUUCAACAAGCCAAUGAAGCCCUCCACCACCAGCACCAGGUGGCCCAGAAUAGCCUCCUGCCACUUCUUAAUGCUGGAGCUGAGCAAGUUGACCAGAAGCCUGUCCUGCCCAUCCAAAUAGACCAGAAGCCACCUGUCAGUGCUGCUGAACUCCUGAAAGACAACGUCGCCAGCGGAGGAGGCCAACGGCCACCGAUGCCCGUGAUAAAGAAGGAACACAAAGGCAAAACACCGUUUGUCUGUGGCUAUUGCAACAAGGCUUUUCGUGACAGUUAUCAUCUAAGACGCCAUGAGUCCAGCCACACUGGCAUUAAGAUGGUGUCUCGUCCGAAGAAGACUGCUCAGGCAGCCCCCACCAUGGUACCUAUGAUUGCCUCCAUGCCCCGAGAGAACAACGGCAACUCUUCUUACAUCUCCACGGUAGCGGGGAUCCUCUCCACAGCGACCACAUCCGUUUCUUCGGGCACAAGUAUUAUGACGUCAUCUGCCAUGGGCAAUGUACCGCAGCAAAACGUUCCCAAGAAACCUGCCAAGCCUGUCAAGAAAAACCACGGGUGCGAGAUGUGCGGCAAGGCCUUCCGUGAUGUCUACCACCUGAACCGCCACAAGCUGUCCCAUUCAGAUGAGAAGCCCUUCGAGUGCCCCAUCUGCCAGCAGCGCUUUAAAAGAAAGGACCGGAUGACCUACCACGUUCGCUCUCACGAUGGAGGGGUCCACAAGCCCUACGUGUGUUCUGUGUGUGGAAAAGGCUUUUCCAGGCCAGACCACCUGAGCUGCCAUGUGAAGCACGUGCACUCUUCAGAAAGACCAUUUAAAUGUCAAGUAACGGCCUGUACCUCUGCUUUUGCCACCAAAGACAGACUCCGCUCCCACAUGAUCCGGCAUGAAGGCAAGGUCACCUGCAGCAUCUGUGGGAAGAUGCUGAGCGCGGCCUACAUCACCAGCCACCUGAAGACUCACGGACAGACCAACUUUAACUCCUGUAACAAAGCGCAUAAGCCAGUUUCUCAGUGGACUGCGACUGUUGGUUACUGGGUGGAGGCACGAAAUUAUGGAAACGAUGUCUGCAACUCUGGCUCGGUUACACCGGUGACCGUUUCGGCGCCCAUCACCUCAGCGAUGAACCGGGGCAACGCGAACAACAACAACCCAACCACUAUAGCUGCACAAAUGAACAUUAGCACCAGCACGUCCAACAUCACGUCCUCCAUCAGCCUCCAACACCCAGUCACCAUCACCAGCCCGGUCAACAUCGCGUCUGUGAACAUCCCCACCUCGGCGCCCAUGAAUAUCGCCCACCCGGUGGCAAUAACAACCCCCAUGCCGAUGAAUAUAGCCGGGCCGCUGAACAUCGCCAUGAGGCCAGUGGAGAGCAUGCCUUUUCUGUCCCAAGUCUUGCCUUCUUCCCCACCUUGGUAAAAAAGAAAAAAGGAGGAAAAUGGUCAACAUCUGACUGAGCAGAAAGAAAGGGAAAAUGAAGAGUAACGAGAGACUCCUGUCCUCAUAGCCUCCCCCUCACCCAAACGGUGUUCACUCCAUCAGACCCUGAAGGGAACACUUCCAUGAGGAGUGAGGCCGGUUGGAGCUCCCAAAGUCCCAACUAACGUAAAGAGACCGGCACAUGAUGCGGAACAGUUCAGUAGGUUUUUAGUAGGAUUUAUCUUGAAACCAAGACAGCCGUGAGACUUAGUGUAGGCAGUUAGAAUAAUGAAACUGUGAUUUGAAUCGUGACAAAUGAGAGAUGAGGAUUAUGAAAACACACGUUCAUUUUUUUUGUAGUUGUUUUCAGGAGGAUGUGAAAUGGACUGAAGCAAUAACUUUAAAUUGCCGUUUCUGAUGUUUCACAGUUUCUCCCCUGAAGCCGCUGGGCGUUCAUUUGUAUGUAGUUUUUUUUUAUUUUUAUUAUAGCCUGCUAAUCACUAUUUAAUGUUAUAGGAAAUGAGUUUAGUAAAAGGGACAGAUGCUUCCACAUGCAUGGAAGACUAUUUUUUCACAAUGUUAUUAUUAUAGCUUCUUUUUUGUUAUUUUCUCAGAUUGUAGGUAUGCUCUUGAGGUACAGUGACUAACUUGUACAGUUGACAUAGUAAUGUAUUUUCAGCUUUUAAACUUUUGCUUUAGUCAUUUCAGCGGACACCUGGACGCUGGCCUCGAUGAAAUCAUUGUUUUUAUUUAUACCGAAGCGCAAACGUUUGUUUUCGUUUUGUUAGUGUUCAGUUUUCCAUGAAGUCAAAAAUGGAACGAGUCUUGCACUGAAGGCAUAUCCUACAUGCAGGUGAGCAGCAGUAUUAUCAAAGAUCAAAUGGAGUCUUGAGUGUUUCAGUCAGCCAGCCUACACUUAAGUGCCAUCUAGUGGUGGAGUGUGUCAAGUCUGGCCUAGUAGUGAAGCUUUCAGGCUGUUGAUGCCACUGUUAAGGUGACAAAAAUAGUUUUAGCGGACUCUUUGUUACACUGUUUUCUUUUGAUUAUGAUUGUUUAUCAUUAAUCUGUUACAGACCCAGGAUUUUACUGAAACGUUCACUCAGGAGACACAGAAAGGCCCGUGAUUCAUGAGCAACUUGGACUCCCUAAAGCAUUUGGCAUUUCAGUGUUCCGAAUUAACAGAAUUCCAACAACUAGGAAGUUCAAAUGUGCGUGUUUUUAGCAGCCGUCCAUUUACAGUGAUCAUUUAAUGUACAAUUAAAUAAAUGCUGUACGACUUUUUUACCUUAACUUUCAGUUUGACAAACCAUGAUUUUGUGUCCAUUUAAUUUAACAAAAAGUUGGAGCAAGACUGACGUUGCAUGACCCCAAACACUGUAGCUGUUGAACAUGAAAGUUUUACUUUUGUUUGAAUGGAUGCCAUGUUAUGUCAGCAGUGUUGCAGCUCUUCAGUUUAUACAGAAAAAUGCAAUAUGCAUGUUUUCAUUUUUUCCUCAGUUUUAACAAAAUAUUAGUGUAGUUUUUUUAUUCUUAUACAUUUACGUAGAUACACUAUAAUAGCCUAUUUGCCAAAUUUGAAACUAUUACAAUGUGAUGACCUGAAAUUCAACAUCUCGUUUAUUUUAAGGAAGGAAGGAAAAAAAUUGGAAAUACCAGGACCCGUGUGAAAAGCAGUUGAAUGUAUAUCUUUGUACAAAAGUUUUAGUUGCGAGGAUAAGGUAGUUACAAUAGAUGUGAAAGAUAAAAACCUUUUUUUAUAAAUCUUUUGUAUUAGAACAUUAACAUUGAUAAUUUUGUAUAUAUGAGAGGCUAGGCUUUCUGAUUAGCAGAAAGGUCAAACAUUCCUACAUUUUUUUAAAUGUACGUUUGUCAAAUUAUUACUUAAACAUGCGCAAUGUUAUGUGCCUUUUAUUUGGGUUGUCUAAAUAAAAGAAAAUUAUCAAA